UUUCCGACCCUCCGACUCUUAUUCAUUGUGAAAUGAUUUUGGGAUAGCACUCUGAAACAUGGCAACAAUUAAAUUAGGAAGUCUACUUAUACGAACAUUGGCCAAGCCUCUGGCAAAUUCUAUCAAAAACCAGGCAAAGGUAUAUAACGCGUUCAGCGAAGAUCAGUACUGACCUAGGGGAAAACUGAAUGCAUACCUCGUCUUUACAAAAUGCGGUAGACACAUCCGAGAUUCAAGGAAUUUUGCAUGGACGUGGCCCAAAGAACGCAUCAAUGGGAGCAAGGGAUCAAGAUGCGCUUUCUCGGCUACAAAUCCGAACCAAUCCGACCCCUCAAUGAUGCCCGAGCAGUCGAACUCGGCGCCAACUUUAUGAGUGAAAGCGUCAUCUUCUCGGUGGCCGUCUUAACAAUACUUGGGGAAGCUUACCGAUCGAGUCGAAAAACAACUCAGCGUCGGCUAAACGUCGACGAAGCCCUUGAACAGCUCCAAAUCGAAACCCAACAGACUCAAGAAACCAUCACCCAAAUGCAAGAAAAUAUACAAAAACUCACUACACAGGUGGAGAUUCUAACUGUUGAGAAUCGACGGCUGGAACGGGGGCUCGAUCUCGUUGCAAAGGCUCUGAAUGUCAGAAUUGAAAAGGAGGAGGCUGCGAAGCAAAGAGGGGGCUGGUGGAAUGGGUGGUGGAGCAAUGGGAAUGGAAAUGGAAAACCGGAUCAGAAUGGAACUGUGAAUGCAAAGGCGGGUGAGGGCGGGAGAAGCGUACAAUCAACCCAAUCAUGACGAUUCCCCCUUCACAUUACUAUCCUUAAUCAGAGACCUCUUGUUAGAUGGGUUGUUUAGAGACUGAUUGCUUUCCUCUUUUGGAAGUUCUUGCUAUAUAUAUCAUCAAACGAUAGAUCCAUGACCUCUUUAACUAACUGUGACGUUCGAAUGGAGACACGCUUGAGGAUUAAAACA